GCUGCUUGUCAGCAGCUGGUUGAGCUGCAGGCCAGUAUCUGCAGCCCCUUCUUCUCUCUCAGAAUACAGCUUUCAGUUAUGCCUCUAGCUUGACCAACUAAAUGUUUCUCCUGCACUUUACGAAGGUUAUUUUGCAGACCUCAAGGCCUUUAUCUUAUCUCCUAGGCCAUGUAUGCUUUUGAAGAAUUCAGCGAACAGAGUAUUUGCCAAGCCCGGGCGUCAGUUAUGGUCUAUGACGAUACCAGUAAGAAAUGGGUGCCUAUAAAGCCUGGUCAGCAAGGCUUCAGCCGAAUCAAUAUCUACCACAAUACUGCCAGUAACACGUUUAGAGUAGUUGGAGUUAAACUUCAGGAUCAGCAAGUAGUGAUUAAUUAUUCAAUUGUGAAAGGACUGAAGUACAAUCAGGCAACGCCAACAUUCCACCAGUGGCGUGAUGCACGGCAAGUUUAUGGACUGAACUUUGCUAGUAAAGAAGAGGCAACCACGUUCUCAAAUGCCAUGUUGUUUGCUCUGAAUAUCAUGAACUCACAGCAAGAUGGAGGUCCAACGACUCAACGCCAGGUUCAAAAUGGACCUUCUCCAGAUGAAAUGGAAAUUCAGAGAAGGCAAGCAAUGGAGCAACAGCAGCAGCAGCAGCAGCGCCAAGAGUCUCUGGAAAGAAGAACCUCUACCACAGUUUCCACCCUUCAGAUAAAAGUGUCUUCUUCCCCUUUCCACUGCCAGUCUCCUCCUCCAGACUACAGUAACUACCAUGCUUCUCCUGGCACUGUUCCUCCACCUCCUCCUUAUGCCAAAGUUAUCUCAUCGACAUCUCCUCCUCUACCUGAGCCUGCUAACAGAGCUUCUUUCAGAUCUGCUGUUCCUGGGGCCCGGGAAUCCCCUCUGCAUUGCCACCGUUCUUCUGCAUCUGAGUUCCUGCCACCUCCUGGCCCUUCAUUUCACCCAGCCUGGCCAGGGCACAGGACAGUUACAUGGAGCACCAAGCAGAUCUCCCCAUCCCCUCCUCCUGCUCCUGCUUCCCAUUAUCCAUUCACCCCACAUCAAUCUCUCAGACGUUCUUCUCUCUCAUAUUCUCCUCAAUCUUCUUCUUCUCCUCCGGUGAACCUUGCACCUCCUGUACCAAAGGGGCUGAUACUGCAGCCCCAUAUUCCAGUAGUCCUUCCUGUAAUUUCUGCCCCAAAUGGCAGAAUCAGAGGGCCUACAGAUACAGUGGUCCAAGAUGUUUCAGCAAAUGUACCUCAUCUAGGUCUGAAUGGCCACCGUGAAGAACAUUUAACCACACAAGUUCCUCUAAACUCCUCUAUGACCCAGGUAAAGAGAACAGAUGGGUCUUUUUUCUCAUAUUUAGAAGCAGUGCCUGUUUCGCAUCUACCCAUUGUAACCAGCCCAACUGGGUCCUUUAUACCAGGUUUUUCUCAGCUCUCACAACAGUUGCCUUAUUCUCCACACCAGCUGUAUCCAUCCAUGUCACAUUUUGUUUCAUUACCUCCUCAUUAUGCUGCUGUAUCUGAGGUGAAUUUGUCCAAGAGGACCCCUCCUUACAUGACUUCAUCAACCAUUUCCCAUUUGAGUCCUGUCCUUCCACCAGGUCAUCCCUCUGCAGUUGCUGGACUACCUACUUCGUCUGGUGGACCGCCUCCUCCACCACCACCGCCUCCUCCGCCUACAGGAACUGCACCGCCGCCACCUCCGCCACUGCCAGCAGGUGGUGGGGGGACAAACAUUGAUGACGGGUCAGUGUCGGGAUUAGCGGCAGCUCUGGCUGGUGCCAAACUAAGGAGAGUACAACGGCCAGAAGAUGGAUCAGGAGGUUCUAGUCCCUGUGGAGCUUCAAAGAGUGAUGCCAAUCGAACAAGUAGUGGAGGCGGAGGGCUAAUGGAAGAAAUGAAUAAACUAUUGGCAAAAAGGAGGAAAGCAGCAUCACAGUCAGACAAGCCAGCUGACAAAAAAGAAGAGGAAAGCCAAAAUGAAGAUGCUAGCACUUCCCCGUCACCCGUUUCACGAGGCCCUGUUCAGCAACAGAAUUCUUCAGAUGCUGGGAAGAAGCUUUGGGAGCGAAGCAAUUCUGUGGAAAAACCUGUCGCUUCCUUACUGUCAAGAAACCCAUCAGUGGGGAGAAGUCCUGAACCUAAGAGUCCCAUUCAAUUCCAACCAUCCUCUAGAAUGAAGCCGGCAAGCAGCAGCAAUGAUGUGGCAAUGGACACCUUAGAUUUUGAUCGCAUGAAACAAGAAAUAUUGGAGGAAGUUGUAAAAGAAUUACACAAAGUAAAAGAAGAGAUAAUUGAUGCUAUCAGGCAGGAGUUGAGUAGAAUCAGCACAACAUAAUGGCCAUGGAAUCAUCCGGAAGUUGCAAAAGACUGAAGACAAUUGGAUCAUUUCUAGGUGUACCAAGAUCAUGCAAAAUGGUGAAAGAGGACACCUGGCACUGUCUUUUGUUCUUAAAUCCUUUUUAUUAGCAGACUCAGCAGACUUUGAAGCUUGCUGCUGCCUUGGAUUUGCUUCAUUUAAAAAAAAAGAAAAGAAAAGAAAAAGUCUUAAAAUCUUAAAAAAGAAAAAUAUUAAAAUUUAAAUUUCUGGAUUUUUUAAAUUUCAUCUGACAAUGCACAUCAGAUUUGGUCAGCCUUUUUUGUAUUUUGUAUUUGCUUAUUUAAAUGUAUGACAUUUUUCUUUUUAGUAUAUAGUAGGUAAAGAAAUACGUGAACCAUUUGCUUUUACUAGAUGACUUCGAAGUAAUUUUACUGGUAGUCUGCAUUGUAAAUGAAGACCUUUUUGCCAACAGAAUCUUAUUUGUGGCAUUACCAGUGGAAGCCGAAAGACGCCAGCUGUCAACCAGCAAGUCACUGGUCUCAGAGCUAUCACAAUAUUAAAGCGGUACAUCAGUGCAUCACAGUAUCUGUGUUCUUAUUGGUAAUAAACUGUUCAUUGUCCACAAUGUG